UACUUUGUUCAAUGUUUUCUUGAAAUUGUUGCUUAUACAACUGGGGCUUGCCAGUUACCGGCCGUCUCCACAUACUUCGACGCGAAGAAACAUGGGUGACUCGACGGCAGCAGGAGCUGCGAGCCUAUCGGCAUCUGUUGACAAGGCGACAGGCGAUGCUAAGGCGAACGGCCCAGCCGCAGGCGCCCUGAAGACGCUCACGAGUGUCUCGCUCACGGGCGACGGCAGCGGAAGCUCAAACGUGGAAGGCAACGUGCUCGGCUCUGUCAACGGUAGUCCCGCAAAGCGUCAGGACGCAUCUGACUCGGAGAAGAGCCUUUCACUCCUUACAGCCAACGGCGAGGGAGACCACUCCAAGACAGUAUCGUCGCCGGAGCACUUCUCUACUGCAGAUGAAGGUGACAUUGGCGAGGAAACGGCCGAUGGUGACUCUGAGGAGGACAGCUUUCUCUCAAGAGAUACGGAAGAUGUACAGUCCGAGACAGAAUCGGAAGGUGCCGGCGAAGGCUUGGAGCUAAGAAACGUUGGCGGUGACUCCAGGCACACGAUGCCGAUUGCUGUGAAGAGGGUUCGCAAGGAGAACCCGGAGCUUCCCGAAACCGUGACGGUGUUGAAGACGCAAGAAGGCUCCGUGGUCUAUCUUGUGGGGACCGCACACUUCAGUCUCGAGAGUCAGGAAGAUGUGGCAAAGACAAUCCAAGAGACUCAGCCAGAUGUUGUUUUGAUAGAACUCUGCAAGAGUCGGCUAAACAUAUUGUCCUUUGACGAGGAGGUUAUUCUCAGAGAGUCCCAGAGCAUGAAUAUGGAGAAAAUGAUGACGACAAUCAAGCAGAACGGCCUCGUCCAGGGCAUCAUGUACAUUCUCUUACUCAGCAUGUCUGCGCACCUUACGCGACAACUAGGGAUGGCGCCCGGCGGAGAGUUUCGCAGAGCGGUGCAAGAGGCCGAGAAAGUGAGGGGCUGCCUGAUCCACCUCGGAGAUCGGCCCCUGCAGAUCACACUUCAGAGAGCGUUGGCUGCGCUGAGCGUCUGGCAGAAGCUGCGCCUGGCCUGGCACAUGAUCACAGCCAAAGAGCCAAUCAGGCAAGAGGAGGUUGAACGCUGCAAGAAGCAGGACUUGCUGGAGGAAAUGCUCGCCGAGAUGACAGGCGAAUUCCCAGCCCUGAGCAAAGUGUUUGUGAAGGAGCGGGACAUCUUCCUAGCCUACUCCCUACGACUCGCUGCCAGCCCCAUGCCUUGCAUGAGCAACGUCAAUGGUGAGCAGCCGAUAGUUGUGGUUGGUGUCGUGGGCAUCGGCCAUGUUCCUGGCAUAGUGGAGAACUGGGACAAGGUGUCCGACGUUGACAUUCCUCCCAUUAUGAGAAUUCCGGAACCUUCACUACCGUCCAAGGUGCUCAAGCUCAGCAUCAAGGCCUCCCUAUUGUCGCUGGUCGUGUGGGGAUGUUGGAAAGCAUUGCCUCCCUCCAUCACCCAAAAACCAAUCGAAUGGGUGUCCGCAUUCUAUCAUCAAUAGAUAUAUGAGGCCACUUAAAAU